UUAUUAUUAUUAUUAUUAUUAUUAUUAUUAUCCCUUACAUUGAAUUGUUUUAUAUGAAAACAACUGGAUUAUCUCAUUUAGAAGACAAUAAUGAAAACAACAACGAUGAUACCCAAUGUAUGAUAGGUCAUGUUAGAUAUCGUGAAAACAGUGUGACAGAUGUUGGCAUAACACCACCACCAGACGAACAAGAUAUUGCUAAAUUUUGUGAGGAAUCCAAUUAUGGUUACAGUUUUACUAGUACGAAUCUAAAUAUGGCAAGAUUAUCAUCAUGGAUGCGAAGAAGAAGUUAUGAAAGUAGUUUGGAAUGUGUACGACGGAUAAGAACUAGUCUUGAUAAUUCUGGACGGCGAUUUUCACAACCUGAUAUGGGCGUUAUGGAUAAACAACGAUCACGAUAUGAAUUUAUGACUCGACAACAAUCAAAAAAUAAAGCAAGAAAAUCAUCAAGGUCUUUAUCAACAAACAUCAGUACUCUUUAUUCAUCAUUACCUACAUCCCCUCUUUUAUGGGAAGAUACACGUAUGAAUGAACUACCAAUCCCUGAAGAUGAAGAACUAGAUAUUUCAACAUCUCAACAACAGCAAUUUCGAUCAAAAUCAAUAGUACAUCCAUUAUCUCAACUAUCAACAUCAUUACACGAACAGAAUAUAGAUGAAUCUCUUGUACCAUCAUGGCUCACCAAACCACCUAUGGAUAAUCAUAUAGGAACGCGAUCCAAUAGUUUAUCAUCAAUGCAUCACCAUGGUAUAUGUUGUGCAUCGCGAUACCUUAGGGCAUUGCAUACACCUACUCGAUUUUUACCUCAGCAACAAGCAAUUUUGACAACUGAUCCAGAUGGAAAGAUAUUACUCUUCAAUGAUAUUGCUUGUCUUUGUUUGGGAAUUGAUAAAUCAUACAUUGGUCGACCGAUUUUUGAUAAAUUUGAUAUACAUUCUCAACGAACAAUGGCAAAUUUACUACGUGAACGGAAAAAGGACCUUCAACGGGAUUCAAUCCUAUUUCAACGACAACAACUCUCCUUGGAUUCAAAAAGUGGGAUGGUCUUGAUGUGUGGAGUCAUUAUAUCUAUCAUCAAAAAUAAAGGGCAAAAAUCGGCAGCAUCAUUAUGGUUAAAGGAAAAAUGGAAUCAAGAUCAAGGUCAAUUUAUUUAUCUUUGGGUUUUUGAAGAACUUUUUGAAAGUCGUUUGACAGUAGCCAUUGACUCAAAGGGUAUGAUUCAAGAUACUUCUUUGACUACCAUUCAAGACCUAUACGGAUAUCAUAGAAGUGAAGUGAUUGGACAAUCUAUCAACAAAAUCCUUCCAUCUCUUAAUAUCGAAUCAAACGUUACACGUGAUUUAAUCAAUGACAACCACUUUUAUGCCAGUCGGUCAAAAGAUGGACGAUAUUUUCCUUCCAUGGUACAAUUACAAGGGGACGAACUACAGAUUACAUCUUUACCAACCAUCUCUGGACUGAUCACUAUUCAUCAAAAUGGAAAGAUACAAAGUAUGAAUCCGGUACCUGCCAAGUAUUUAUUUGGAUACAAAACCAAGGAUGAUGUGGAAACAAUGCAUGUUGAUGAACUCCUUCCUCAAUUUAUGACGUUGGUGACUUUACUUGUGCAAUACAAUCAACUUCGUCAGGAUCGUAUGGUGACGCAUGAUGAAUGUUUGACAAUGUUACCCAAAGUCCAAUUACUCGCAACAAACAAUGUACGACUUACAAAGGAAGAACAAUCAAGGUUGAUUGCUGUACAUCGUGAUGGAAAUCAUUUUGAAGUGGAAUUACAAAUACGAUGGGUGGAAAGUGAUGAUGAAACUCUUUACAGUGUAUGGAUUACUCAUAAUCGAACCAAGUCUAUAGGGGCAACGCCAUCGACAUCAUUUCAACCAGAAACUGAACAUUCUUCAGAAGUAACACCAAACCCUUGUACAACGACGGACAAUGUGCCUAUAUCAAGAAAAUCUCAACAACAACAACAACAAACUGAUGUGCAGAAAUUAGAGGAUAAUUCAUUAAACUUUACGGAAAAACAAACACUUCAUCAUGAAGAAAAAUCAUCAUCACAACAACAAUCAUCAAAGCCUGUAUUCAAUCGAUUCGAUUAUUUUGGUUCAGUUCCAAAAGAAAAAGCGUGUUUUCCAAAUAUGGAUUCGGUAUCUUGUGGAGGUCUUCCUUCUAUCACUUUCCCUGAAUUUGAUGAUUAUAUGAUUGUUGAUUCUCUUGGUGAAGGUGCUUAUGGUGCUGCGAAAUUGGCUCAACUAAAAUCAGACCCCUCCAAGGAAUUUGUUAUCAAGGCUAUUGUGAAAUCACGUAUCAUCAUUGAUUCAUGGAUCCGGGAUAGAAAAUAUGGAUCAAUCCCUAUGGAAGUUCAUAUCUUACUCAAAUUACAACAAAGUCGUCAUGUCAAUUGUCCUCAACUUGUGACUUUUUUUGAAGAUGAUGAUAACUAUUAUACGGUGACACGACUACACGGAGAUGGAAUGGAUCUAUUUGAUUAUAUAGAACUGAAUGACCAUAUGACGGAAGGACAAGUACGACGAAUCUUUCAACAAGUGGUAGCAGCAGUUCAACAUUUACACAAGUUACGUAUUGUACAUCGGGAUAUUAAGGAUGAAAACAUACUUUUAGAUGAUCGUGGUAUUGUACAACUGAUUGAUUUUGGAAGUGCAGCCUAUUAUAGGGAAGGAAGAUUAUUUGAUACGUUUAGUGGGACCCUGGAUUAUUGUGCACCUGAAAUUCUGAAUGGAUCUACUUAUGCUGGUCCUCCUCAAGAUAUGUGGAGUCUUGGUAUCUUAUUAUAUACAUUGAUUUAUAGAGAAACACCAUUUUAUUCUGUAGAUGAUAUAAUGGAACGUAAUCUUCAAUUACCUUAUAUUCCAUACCCAGAAAAAACUUUUGGACCUGUGGAUAUAUUAUGUAGAUUAUUGGAUAAGGAUAUUAGUAAAAGACCAACGAUAGAUCAAGUUAUGGAAGAUCCUUGGUUGAAAAAUGAAGAUGGAUUCUAUUAGUAUAGUUUCUUUUUUUUUUUUUUUUAUGUCUUAUGACCAUAUUGUAUUGGAAAUAAAAGUGGGGUAUUGUGUAACCCGUGAUUACUUUUUUUGUACAAGGAUCACAAAAGUCAUUGAUUUUGUUUUGACUUGAAAUGAUCCACAUGAUUACUUUAUUUCACACGCAACUCUUUUUUCUUUUUUUUUUAGUAUAUAUUUUCCUUAACUUUUUAAUAAACUAUAUUCAACGCUAGUAACAACAUAAUGUUAAAUGAGUAUUGGUAGUAAUAUAUAUUGUUGUUGUCG